AUGGAUGUGAAAACAUUGAUCUUUGUGUUACUUGUCCCCGCUUGCACUGGAGCUGUGAUGAUCAACCAGGGCUGCAGCGCUUUUCCACGAGAAAUCCAAUUUUUGUGUUAUCAAAUUGGACAAAUUUGGGGACAAAAUCAGAUAUCAAACAAUGUUGUCGAGGCCUUACCUUCAGCCGAAGGGGAGGAUCGCGUUGCCCUCACAAUCAACGACGUUGGAUAUGAACAUAACAAGCCUCAAGGGUGCCCAAUUGCUGACUGCGAAACUUGUUCCACUCCCCAAACCUGUGAGAGGUGUCAGCCAGGCUAUUACACACAGUUCAAUGCGGAUACAGAGAAUAUCACAUGCGUCAAAGAGUGCUUGCCGAACUAUGUUCCUGCAAUAGAUUCUAGUGGCAAAAGUUCAUGUACUGAGAGGCUCCUAAUGAAAUGCUACAUCCGAAGGUGUAUGACAUGUUUAGGUGCGAUGACAUGCACAAAAUGCACGCCUGGCUAUUACCCACAAUUCCAUUCGGCCUGGGAAGAGACAAUCUGCGUCAAGAAAUGUUUUAGGGGAUAUUCAUUGGUUGCUGGUUCUCAUGGCAGCAAAAUGUGUAAACAGAUUCGACGUCCCAAAGGAUGUCAGAGUUUCACAUGCACAUCAUGCAAGCGAGGCUUUUAUAUGCUUCGCAACGUGACAAAGAAGUCGCCAUGUAGUCGAAGGUGUCCCAAAGGCUACUUGAAAGACAGAAUCAGACGAAAGUGCGUUCAAUGGCCGAAGUGA